AUGACCGAGGAGAGGAACUUGAAACGGCUAGCUAGCCUUCAAAAAGAAAAAAUCCUGAAUCACGUAGGCCAAUGCUCCAGCCUUCCUCCAACCAAACGCGGCGGCCAAUCCAUAAAAGCACUGAGGGAUUUCCGCCCCAGGGCUAGCGACUUGAGCGAAAACACGAAAAAUGGCAACACAAGCAAAUCAACUCAGCGACGGACACGCGGUGGAUUAACGGAGCAACCAGGUCCGACGUUCCAGAUUGUUACCCGUCCAGAGACCGGGAAGCUCACGGGCGCGGACCGGUCGUGGAAGUUCAACGAUAUUGGCAAUGGACGUCCGAAUUGA